CCUGAGAGUCGCAGACAGGAACUCCCAGCUCGGGCUCAGAGCCGAGGUUGGUGUCAGCUGCUGCAGGGAUCCUCCGCAACAGGAAGACGGCCGCCCGGACCAAGCUAAAAGUUUCCAGAGAAAGGCCGAAGCGGAGGGAGGUGGCUCUCUUACAGACGGGUUUCGCAGCGCUCCGCUCCCGCUGAAUGGGAUUUCUGUCCUGAGCGCUCACCAUUUCCCAGGAAAACAAGACUGGGUUACGCUUAGCGCCAUGGCGUCCACUGUGACCCUGGAGGACGCCCUGUCCAAUGUGGACCUGCUGGAGGAGCUGCCCCUCCCGGACCAGCAGCCCUGCAUCGAGCCACCGCCCUCCUCCCUCAUGUACCAGCCGAACUUCAAUACCAACUUUGAAGACAGGAAUGCCUUUGUCACUGGCAUUGCGAGAUACAUUGAGCAAGCAACGGUCCACUCCAGCAUGAAUGAGAUGCUGGAGGAGGGUCAGGAGUACGCAGUGAUGCUGUACACCUGGAGGAGCUGCUCCAGAGCCAUUCCCCAGGUGAAAUGUAAUGAGCAGCCGAACAGGGUGGAGAUUUAUCCUUUCGGGCAGCGCAACGCCAUCGACCGUUUCUGCGGCGAGGUGCGGCGGCUGUGCCACGCCGAGCGGAGGAAGGACUUUGUGUCGGAGGCCUACCUGCUGACGCUGGGGAAGUUCAUCAACAUGUUUGCGGUGCUGGACGAGCUGAAGAACAUGAAGUGCAGCGUCAAGAACGACCACUCCGCGUACAAAAGAGCAGCCCAGUUCCUUCGGAAAAUGUCUGAACCUUCAUCCAUUCAAGAGUCUCAAAAUCUGUCAAUGUUUUUGGCUAACCACAAUAAAAUAACCCAGUUGGCUGACAUUGUGAAUCUCUGUGUGGAUUAUUACGAGAACAAGAUGUACCUCACUCCCAGUGAGAAGCACAUGCUGCUCAAAGUGAUGGGGUUUGGAUUGUACCUAAUGGAUGGUUCAAUGAGCAAUAUUUACAAACUGGAUGCCAAGAAAAGAAUAAAUCUGACCAAAAUUGAUAAAUUUUUCAAGCAACUUCAGGUUGUUCCACUGUUUGGCGACAUGCAGAUUGAGCUGUCGAGGUACAUCAAGAACAGCGCUCACUUUGAGGAGAACAAGUCUAGGUGGUCCUGUACCUCCAUUGGCAGCAGCCCACAGUACAACAUCUGCGAGCAGAUGAUCCAGAUCCGAGAGGACCACAUGCGCUUCAUCUCGGAGCUGGCCCGCUACAGCAACAGUGAGGUGGUGACGGGCUCGGGCCGGCAGGAGGCUCAGAAGACGGACGCGGAGUACCGGAAGCUGUUUGACCUGGCGCUGCAGGGGCUGCAGCUUCUGUCCCAGUGGAGUGCUCAUGUCAUGGAAGUGUACUCGUGGAAGCUGGUGCACCCCACUGACAAAUACUCCAACAAGGAGUGCCCAGAUAAUGCAGAGGAGUAUGAAAGAGCAACAAGAUAUAAUUACACCAGCGAGGAGAAGUUUGCCCUUGUGGAGGUUAUGGCCAUGAUCAAGGGCCUGCAGGUCCUGAUGGGGAGAAUGGAGAGCGUCUUCAACCAUGCCAUCCGCCACACCAUCUACUCCGCCCUGCAGGACUUUGCCCAGGUCAACCUCAGGGAGCCCCUGCGCCAGGCCAUCAAGAAGAAGAAGAACGUUAUCCAGAGUGUCCUUCAAGCUAUAAGGAAGACUGUCUGCGACUGGGAGACUGGUCGGGAACCUCCCAAUGAUCCGGCCCUCCGUGGAGAGAAGGACCCCAAGGGUGGCUUCGAUAUCAAAGUGCCCCGUCGGGCUGUGGGACCAUCCAGUACACAGCUGUACAUGGUGAGAACCAUGCUUGAGUCGCUCAUCGCUGACAAAAGCGGCUUCAAGAAAACCCUGCGGAGCAGUCUUGAGGGACCCACCAUUUUGGAUAUAGAAAAAUUCCACCGGGAGUCCUUCUUCUACACACAUUUGAUAAAUUUCAGUGAGACGCUGCAGCAGUGCUGUGACCUGUCCCAGCUGUGGUUCCGGGAGUUCUUCCUGGAGCUCACAAUGGGCCGCAGGAUCCAGUUCCCGAUCGAGAUGUCCAUGCCCUGGAUUCUCACAGACCACAUCCUGGAGACCAAGGAGGCGUCCAUGAUGGAGUAUGUUCUUUAUCCCCUGGACCUGUACAAUGACAGUGCCCACUAUGCCCUGACCAAGUUCAAGAAGCAAUUCCUGUACGAUGAGAUUGAGGCUGAGGUAAACCUGUGUUUUGACCAAUUUGUUUAUAAGCUUGCGGACCAGAUAUUUGCCUACUACAAGAUUCUGGCUGGAAGCCUGCUCUUAGACAAACGUCUGCGAGCAGAGUGCAAGAAUCAAGGAGCUAACAUCCCCUGGCCAGCUUCCAACAGAUACGAGACCUUGCUGAAGCAGAAGCAUGUUCAGCUCCUGGGCAGAUCCAUAGACCUGAACCGCCUGAUCACUCAGCGCGUCUCUGCCGCCAUGUACAAGUCCCUUGAGCUGGCCAUCAGCCGCUUCGAGAGUGAGGAUCUCACCUCUAUCAUGGAGCUGGAUGGGCUACUGGAGAUCAAUCGGAUGACACACAAGUUGCUCAGUAAGUUCCUGACUCUGGACAGCCUGGAUGCCAUGUUCAGAGAGGCCAACCACAACGUGUCUGCGCCUUAUGGCAGAAUCACCCUUCAUGUCUUUUGGGAGCUCAACUAUGAUUUCCUUCCCAACUACUGCUACAAUGGAUCCACCAACAGGUAUGUGCGCACUGUUCUGCCCUUCUCCCAGGAGUUCCAGAGGGACAAACCACCCAAUGCGCAGCCACAGUACUUGUAUGGCUCAAAGGCGCUGAAUCUGGCAUACAGCAGUAUCUUUGGAUUCUACAGGAACUUUGUGGGGCCUCCUCAUUUCAAGGCUAUCUGCAGGCUCCUGGGUUACCAAGGUAUUGCCGUGGUGAUGGAGGAGCUGCUGAAGGUGGUCAAGAGUCUGCUACAGGGAACCAUCCUGCAGUACGUGAAGACCCUGAUGGAAGUCAUGCCUAAGAUCUGCCGCCUCCCUCGCCACGAGUAUGGCUCCCCAGGCAUCCUGGAGUUCUUCCAUCACCAGCUGAAAGACAUAGUGGAGUAUGCUGAGCUGAAGACUGUGUGUUUCCAGAACCUCCGAGAAGUGGGCAACGCUGUCCUCUUCUGUCUCCUCAUCGAACAGAGCCUGUCUCAGGAAGAAGUGUGUGACCUGCUGCAUGCUGCUCCGUUCCAAAACAUCCUUCCCAGGGUCCAUGUGAAAGAGGGUGAACGCCUGGAUGCCAAGAUGAAACGUCUGGAAACAAAAUACACAGCAUUGCAUCUUGUUCCACUGAUAGAACGCUUGGGAACCCCACAGCAAAUCGCCAUCGCCAGGGAAGGAGACCUGCUGACCAAGGAGAGGCUGUGCUGCGGCUUGUCCAUGUUCGAGGUCAUCCUGACCCGUGUUCGCAGCUUCCUGGAUGACCUCAUCUGGCGCGGGCCCCUGCCCAGCAACGGCGUGAUGCACGUGGACGAGUGUGUGGAGUUCCACCGGCUCUGGAGCGCCAUGCAGUUCGUGUACUGCAUCCCCGUGGGCGCCCACGAGUUCACCGUCGAGCAGUGCUUUGGGGAUGGGCUGCACUGGGCUGGGUGUAUGAUCAUCACUCUGCUAGGGCAGCAGAGGAGAUUUGACAUCCUGGAUUUCUGUUACCACCUGCUGAAGGUGCAGAAGCACGAUGGCAAGGAUGAAGUCAUCAAGAGUGUGCCUCUGAAGAAAAUGGUGGACAGGAUCCGCAAGUUUCAGGUGCUGAACGACGAGAUCUUUGCCAUCCUAAACAAGUAUCUGAAGUCUGGGGACGGGGAGAACACGCCAGUGGAGCAUGUUCGCUGUUUCCAGCCGCCAAUCCACCAGUCUCUGGCCAGCAACUGAGGUCUCCAACUUCAGUCGCCACUGCCAUCUGCCUCCAUUUGUCAGUUGACUGGCGAUGAGUCCGGACAUUGCAGCUUAAUAGGAGCUGAAAACAUAAGCCUGUCAUUCUGGCCUUAAGUCGGGUAUUUGGAGGAGGAUUCUGUACACAAACGCUUGUGCCUUAUUAAAGAAAUAAAUAAGAAACAGUAAUGCUCAUAGCCCAUUCAAAAUUGUCAUAUUUAGGCAUUAUAAAGAGUUUUUUGUAUUGUGCAACCAUACUUACUUUUAAGUGCUUUAGAAAGAUAUAAACAAAUUUGUUUCCCCUUGUAUCAGAACAAAAAAAAAAAGUCAGUGUCAGCAAUUACAGUUGACAGAAAUCAAAAAUGUCACUACAGGGGAUUCUUAACUCGGAGAAGAUUUCACUUUUCGCGAGCGGGUCAUGGCAGAAGUAGCACAUUUCAUGAAUAUUUUCUGACUUUUAUACAAUACGUUCAACAAAGAAGGUAUUCACAAUCUAAAUAGCUGAGAAAUAAGUAUAACAUUGCUGAACCUAAAUCAAAAUUUUACAUUAGCUUUUACUAUAGCCUGUUCCAUAACUGUGAAAUUGACAGACACUGGCAGAUGGUGGUAUUUCUGUUGCUUGCUCAUUUGCAAUUAAAAAAGGGGCUUUCUUUCAGUUCAGUUUCUGGAAGCUGAACCUCUGACACAGCAACUGGCGAUGAAAUACUCAUACAUUUUAUCAGCACAUGGGGAAACCACCAGCUCUUGCUCAGCUCUUUUUAAAGGUUCUGUCUUAAUUUCAUCAUAUCUGUUAUUAAUUGUUUCUUCAAUUUUUAAGCAUCGAAGACACUAAUUUGUUGUUGGGGGUUUAUUAUCUGCAGUUAACCUUUUUGAUUUGUGAUUCUCAAGCUAAACGGCAAUUGAUCGAGGUUUUUCUGUGCAAAUUUCACAUGGGGUGCAAUGUUCCCACCGUUCUGCUGGAAAUUCAUAACAAAAUUAGUAUUGUUAUGAAUUUCCAGCAGAGUAUUGAAUGCUUGAUGCUUGUCAAACACCGACUUGAGCAGUCGCGCCGAUGUAUUUGUACCACGUUUGCUGGAAUUUGAAGGACCUUUGUUUUACUGAAGGUUAGUCUUGGCAUCCACCAGAGCCGAAAGAGGAGAAAUUGCAUGCCUUGGAGUUGUCCAAGCUGUGUUGUAUAUCGUGAAGGUCUGUCACCAGGCAAGGCUCCAGACAGCCUGGCUUUGCCAUGCACUUGCUGGUCAAAGGUCUGUUUUUCUGAGUGUGAGAGGCUAAAUCCAGAUUAUUCUGUUCCAAUGUGGCAAUAAUGAAAGUUCCUGUUUUGAGUGUUAAGAAGUAAACCAUUGCUACAGUAUUGGCACUCGUUUAUUGUAAGUGACAACAGAUCAGACAUAGGCAAGGAGACAUCCAGUCAUACUGACUUGUACAUCAGAGUCAUUCGUUCAAGACGGGCUUUUGUUUUUCCCAUUUGGCAUGUACAGUUAACAACUCUGCUUCUGCGUCUAAUAAAAUUGUUCAGAAUGGAUUAGAACCUCGACAUUUAAAAGGUAGAAAUGUGGUUUAUUUUGCUUUUCAGGUGGAAUUGACUGCAUUGUAUGCAGAGACUUUUUAGCAGCUUGUAAGAUAGAGGCUUUCAAUAAGUCAGUGUUUCUUAAAAAACCCAAAUGGCUUGUCAUCAAGAUCUGGGCAAUAAUAAAUGCAAGCGACUUCACAUUUAAAGGCAUCAGCUCUAUAUUUGUGUGCAAACCACAUGUUAAUUACACUUCUGACUCGGUUAUUCGGGUUUCAUCAUCUAACAGUGACCUAGAUAAAUAGUUUAUUAAGCAAAAUUUGCCAUUUGUCAUUUUAAGAAGACCCAUCAUAUAUGUAAAUUAUCUACUAAAGGCCUAUCUCCAAUUCCAGAAAUUAAUAUAACGUUUACCAAGUACCCUGAGGUCUGUUGUUUUAUUUUGUAAAAAAAAAAAACAGUAUUUCUUGAAUAUUUUUCUACUUUUAACAAUGCAUUCAAUGACUUUUUCUACCUUUCUCAAGCAAAUAUCCAAGUAAAUACAUUUUGGUCCGAAUUCAGAAAAUAUAAAAUGCCACCUUUGUUCCUGCACUAGUUAUUUUAUACCUUAUUUUAUAAAAAAGGGGUAAGCUAAGAAGUCAAGGGGUUUUUAUAACAGGGUGAAUGGUAAAAUGGUUAGUAGUGGUGAAGUGUGAGUAGUCAAUCUCAAAUAAAGUGCCUUUAGAAAAUACUUUGGAAUAGUACAAUUGCAUGCUAGGUUAAAAAAGGACUUGAUCAUAUAACCUUAAUCUGAAUUACAGAACUAAACCAAGUUUACUCACUUGAUUUUUUUUUUCCCUUUUAACUAGAAAUUGCCUUUGUUUCUAUUUGAAUUGUUUUAACUGCAUUUGAAUUCAAUAAAAUAAUGGUGAUCUGAGCUUUUUA